AUGAUCGACGGAGAGAUCUUUGUAAGGAAAGAGAUUGAAUACACCUCAAUGAAUACCCAUGAAAGAAUGCAAACCAUUUCCGAGCUUCGAAUAUUAAGAGAACUUAACCAUCCAAACAUCGUCAAAUAUUACAGUCAUGAACAUUUCCUGGAUAGGAAACUUAUUCAUAUUUAUAUGGAAUAUUGUGAAGGAGGAGAUUUGGCUCAUUGCAUUAAAAGAUUCAAGAGUUGUAAAGAACGUGUACCUGAAACAUUCAUUUGGAAAGUUCUAAUACAAAUCUUAUUGGCAUUGCAUAAAUGCCACUAUGGGAUAGAUGCUCCAAAGGAUAAUUUACUGGAUCUUGGAGAUCACUCUGAACCAACGAUAAACAAUGAAACCGUCAUCAUACAUAGAGACAUUAAGCCCGACAAUAUCUUUUUAACAAGUUCUGAUAAGACCAUUAAACUUGGUGAUUUCGGGUUAGCUAAGAUGAUAACAUCUCAGAAUGAUUUUGCCAAAACUUAUGUGGGGACUCCUUAUUAUAUGUCUCCAGAAGUACUAAUGGACAACCCCUAUACACCAGUAUGUGAUAUCUGGUCGUUGGGGUGUGUUAUUUAUGAGCUCUGUACGUUACAGCCUCCGUUCCAAGCAAAGACUCAUUUACAAUUACAGACUAAGAUUAAGCAAGGGGUUUUAAAUCCUUUACCCACUUGUUAUUCAUCCCAACUUCAAUCGGUGGUCGAUCAAUGUAUAGUUGUGGACCCCAAUGAGAGAGCCUCAUGUUUUGAUCUUCUACAGAUGCUCACUGUCAAGUUUGUUCGGAAGGAGCUGGAACUACAGGAGUUAGUGAUUACAUUAAAAGAGUUCCAAGAGCAGUUGACCAUUAAAAAUGGAGAAUUGAAAAAGAAAGAACAGUAUUUGGGAAACUUAGAAAGAAAACUUCAGCUUGAACAGGAAACAUUGGAUGAGAAAUAUGAAUCCAUGCAACGGAAAUUGAGUCUCCAUAAGAAACAAUUUGAAGAGGACUUACUUGAAGAGUUUGAAGCUCGGAAAAAGCAAAUGGAUCUUGAAUUGAAAGAAGUCCGUUUAGGUUAUCAGAGAGAAUUUAAACUAGUUGUAGAGCAAGAAGUCCAGUUUAGAGUUAAGGAAUAUUUAGCUAAGCAGCAACAGCAACAACAACAACAACAACCAUAUAAUGGAGAUACUGGUUUACGAACUGCAUCCCUGAAUCCUCCUGUGUCCCAUAAUGUCAAGUUAAAAGGUCCCAAAGACUUGACUAGUGAAGAAUUCUUAUCGGAGAAAUUACAAUUGGGUGUAAGAAGGACACCGUUGAAAGCUCGAAAUGAAGAUCAUGAGUUCACUUCCCAUUCAUCUGCUAAGCUCUUGGGUACAGGUGGUGGUGGUAGUGGUGGUGGUGUUUCUCCUACUAGAUAUCAUCAAAUGACAGAGAAGAGAAGAGUAACAGAUGAAAUGGAGCGCAUGACUCUUGAUAAGAGAUGUACACCUGAUUUUGACGAAGUAUACCUUAGAAGAAACGCAAGGUAUUAA